AGAUUGAGACUUCUUUCUAUCAUAUUGAUUCUUCCCAUGAUCUGUCGAUAACAUUCCACAUGCAUGGAUUUAAGCCUUCGACUCUGAAGUAUCUCCGUGCUGAAUCAUUUAGUGAAAAAGCUAAAUUCAGUGGAACUAAGUUCUCAAUUUCUGAAAUUAUCAAAUUUGAUCCCGAUUCUUCCGAUGGUCCAUUAUAUGUUACAAUGGAGAAGGUAAUGGACGCGGUCUCUGGAGCUCGUGAAAUUCUCAUAUCUGUUCCGUUUUUGUUGUAUAAUUGUACUGGAUUUUCUCUAGCACUCUCAACCUCUGUCAAUGAAAUGAAAGAACAUAACUGUGUCAUUCCCUCGUGCUAUAAUUUGGAUGAGCUGAAUGUACUUGUUCAGAAGAAAGACGGUCUUGGUCUUAUCUGUACUGAUCAGAAUUUACCUUCUAAAGGUUCUACCAGUGGAACAGAUUCAAGUUCACCUGAUUUUGCAGAAAUUGAUAGUAGAAAGGUCAAUGCUUGCUUGUUUUCUCCUGAUCCUCAUUUAUAUUCAGGGGAAGUUAUGGUGAAGCUAAGUAGGUACCUGCCUUCUGUUAUGGAAAAUUUUCCAAAGCUUUCAUGGUCAACCCCAUUUUCUCUAGUCCCAUCAACUGGGUCAACCAGUGUUCUUGUUCCUCAACCAUCCAUAGCAUCUGGCUAUGUCUUAUCCGUUUCGGCUACGACUGCAUCAUUUUCUGGAAGGACAAAAAUGAUAACUUUCCAACCUAGAUACGUGAUUGCUAAUGCAUGCUCUAAGAAUUUAUGUUACAAGCAGAAGGGAACUGAUUUUCCUUUUGUUUUGGGAGCUGGAAAACAUUCCCAUAUCCGGUGGAUGGAUACAACAAGGGAAUUACUGCUUUCUGUCCGCUUUGACGAACCAGGAUGGGAGUGGUCUGGGUGCUUCUUGCCUGAGCAGUUAGGCGACACUCAGGUUAAAGCGCGCAAUUAUCUAACCACUGCUUUGAGCAUGAUGUGUGUAGAAGUUAGGAGUGCUGAUAUUUCUGUUGGAGAGGAAAAGAUUGUUGGAAGUACGAGUGGAAACUCUGGGACAAACUUGAUUCUUUUGUCUGAUGAUGAAACUGGCUUUAUGCCAUAUAGGAUCGACAACAAUUCAAGGGAGCGGUUGCGGAUUUACCAGCAGAAAUGUGAAUCUUUUGAAACAGCAAUCCACCCUUACACAUCUUCCCCGUAUGCUUGGGACGAACCCUGUUAUCCUCGUCGUCUUAUUGUUGAGGUACCAGGUGAACGUAUCUUAGGAUCAUAUGCUAUUGAUGAUGCAUCAGUUCAUUCACUUGUGUAUCUAUCUGCAACUUCAGAGAAACCUGAAAGAAAUUUGCUUAUUUCUGUACAUUCUGAAGGAGCAAUUAAGGUUCUCAGUAUUAUCGAUUCAAGUUACCAUGUUUUGAAUGAUCUGAAGAGCCUUCAUGUCCCUCAGUUGAAAGAUAAAGGAAAACAAACUCAGAAGUAUGAAUCUUUUAUUAAUUACAAGGAAAGGUUUUCAGUUGAGAUUCCAUUUCUGGGAGUUUCUUUGAUGAAUUCUCGUCCUGAGGAGUUGCUCUUUGCAUGUGCUAAGCACAUGAAGAUUAACUUUGUGCAGAGCUUGGAUCAGCAACAGUUCUCCCUACAAAUUGCAUCUUUACAAAUCGAUAACCAAUUACGUACAACACCAUAUCCUGUAAUCCUGUCCUUCAACCGUGGAAACAAGGGCAUUGAUAGUGCACUCAUCAGUAGAAGUAUGACUCAAAUAUCUUCUUCAAACAUGUAUGAACCAGUAUUCUCCUUAGCUGUCGCCAAGUGGAGAAACAGUGAUAGAUCACUGGUUUCUUUUGAAUCUAUUAUACUAAGAAUAGCAGAUUUUCAUCUUGAGAUUGAGCAAGAAAUUGUGUUGAGGUUGUUUGAAUUUUGCAAAACUACAUCUUCAAGGUUACAGAGCAGAGGUUUUCAGCGUGUGGAUUCCACAUCGAAUUUACUGUUUCCUGAGUCAGAUUUUACUGAUUUUACACUGCUUAAUGACGAUCAAAAAAGAAGCUUUUUGCUACCCCAAAUGGUCCCAAUUGGAGCUCCUUGGCAGCAAAUUGAACUUGCCACAAGAAAGCAGAAUAAAAUAUAUGUUGAGUCGCUUGAUAUGGGGACAAUCAAACUGACUUUGAGCUUUUCUAGCAGUCCAUGGAUCCUCAGAAAUGGUGUUCUUACAUCGGGAGAAUCUCUUAUUCAUAGAGGUCUUAUGGCUCUUGCGGAUGUUGAGGGAGCCAAAAUUAAUUUCAAGCAGUUGCUUCUAUCACACCAGAUAGCCAGCUGGGAAUCCAUUCAAGAGAUCCUUGUUAGCCAUUACACUCGACAAUUUCUACAUGAAAUGUACAAGGUUUUUGGCUCAGCCGGUCUUAUAGGAAAUCCUGUGGGUUUUGCAAGAAGUUUAGGUCUUGGAAUCAAAGAUUUUUUCUCCCUUCCCAUGUGGAGCGUUUUCCAGAGUCCAGCUGGAUUAAUGACAGGUAUGGCCCAAGGUACAAUGAGUCUUCUCAGCAAUACAGUUUACGCAGUGAGUGAUGCUACAAGUCAAUUCAGCAAAGCUGCACAUAAGGGUAUUGUAGCAUUUACGUUUGACGACCAGACUGCGAUAAUGGUUGAUAGGCAACAGAAAGGAAUGUCUUCACAUAGCAAAGGAGUAAUAAAUGAAUUCCUCGAGGGACUUACUGGUGUACUCCAAUCACCAAUCAAAGGUGCCGAAAAACAUGGCCUACCAGGAGUUCUAUCAGGUAAUGUGCUAUUGGGAAAGACGAGUUUCUUUACUUUAAAUUAACGUGUUCAACUUUCACUUACUGACCUUUUAAGUUGCCAUGUA